GUACGAGUGGCACACUACCUAUUGUGUCACCCACUUGCCCUGGGAGGUCGAAUGGCUUACAGGGGGUCAUUGCAGCCGGCCGACGCAGGCCGUGGCGGGCAAGGGACGCGGUGCCGGGGACCCGUCCAAUGACGUCGGCUCGUCGUACCUCUCUCUCUUUCCCUGAGCUUAAGUCAUCCCACGCGCGAAGGCAAAGCUCCACGAAGCUUCAUUAACACAGCAACCCAAGCUCUCAAAGCUGUGAUCCGUACCCUCCAAACCCGUCAAUUCCACCCAGAUCACAGCUCAUAGAAAAAACAAACUCGAAUAUUGCUCAUCACAUCAACCUCAAUGGACGCGAUAUCGACCUUCAGCUUCGGCAACCUGGGCUGGCUCGCGACCCAGGCCGUCCCGCUCAUCAUAUGGCCGCGCUUCAUCACCAACCUCCUCCGUCCCGAUGACUACCAGUAUGCCGCAGGCUCUCUGGAAGACUACUUCGCCCGCUCCCUAGGCUUCGCCCUCCUAACCCUAGGCCUCCUCGUCGUAACUCUCUCAGGAGCAGUACCCCUCGCAUCAGAGGACCUAACCCCCGCAGGAACAGUCUCCCCCUACGCAAACGCAGCCCUCAUCCUCUCCUCCAUCCACCACGCCUCGGCCGGCUUCUACUGCUACAGCAGGUGGUUGCGAACAGGCCAGACAGCCUUUGCCCUCGGCUGCCUCGGCAGCGCCCUCCUCGCCGUCUCGGGGCUCUGGUGCCUCAUGUUCGCCGGCGACAAGUCGCGACGCAGCAAGAAGCAUGGCUACGACAAGGACACGAGCUCGUUUCCCUUUAAGAAUACAGAGUCGUACCGUUCCAAGAAGAAGGGUUUGUAAGAAGGGGGAACGGAAAGAGAGGGGGGAAGAGAGAGAGAGAGAGAGAGA